AUGAGUAGUGAUUGGUCGGUGUCGGGGUCUUCAUCACCAACAUUAUGCACUCCGCCUAAUUCUAGCUCAUCACAGCUAUCAGCCAUUUCUUCAUGUUCAAGCCAGUCAAGAAACAGUGAACCAAGCAACAGACCUUCCACAUCUCAGAUACUGAAAACAUGGCCAGAAACUUUGCAGGUCCCUUGGGAACAAAUGCCACAGGAAAUUCGUUCUGCAAUUGCAGAUGGCAAGAGACCUAAACCAAUGGAGCGACGUCAGAUGGUACGAGUACUCGCGGAUGAAAUGAGAAGGUAUGAGGCUAACCCCACUCGCGCACAAUGCCUAACUGUGGUUCGAAAUAUCAUCAGGCAGUACCCAAAGAGUUUUGCUGAUAUUGCACCAGAUGGGUCACUUCUGUGUGGAGGUUACACAUCACUUUUGAUUCAAUUGAAAAACCGCAUUGAGAAUUUGAACCGUGAUGGAAGCUUUUCAUUCCACCGAUCCUCUACAGCCAAGAGGGGUCCAACUGACACAUACGGAUGUACACGAUUUCAGCCAGAGCUGCCCCCAGAAGAAACUGAUGAAACUGUGGAACAGCACCGCCAGAGACUGGAGGAGAUUUAUAGACAGGAGGGAGCAGGUGGAGCAGAAAGAGCAGAAGUAAAAAAUCUAAUGGAGCUCACAUUCUCUCUACAACAUCGCCAUAUAAAUACAAUUCCACCACCUGACAUUGAAGAUGUGAAAAGCAAAUGGCCUUUUCUUUUCACGCCAAGGUAUAUAUACGGCCAUUUUGAGUUGCUCACAGACAUCAAUGUGCUUCGUAGCUUGGAACUCAUCAUGCAGGAAUGUGGAAGAGCCAUCACAGAAUACUUCAGGGGAAAACCUACCAACAAAAAUGUCAAAGAUAUCCUCUCUAAUGGUGAAGAUAAUGAGAUGGCACUUCGUGUUGUUCAGCUGCUCAUGGCACACUUUGGAGAGGACAUAACUGGGCUGAUCCUUCUUACAGAUUGCACCCAAUGGCCGGUGCGCCUCAUCCCGCUGCUGACUGGGGAGGUACAGGUGGUGGCCCAACAGCUGCCUGUAGCGAAUCUCCUGGCCUAUGAUGACCUGAAGCGGGCCAUCCUUCAGAGAGUUGGCCGUAACCCCAAACAACAUCAGCAACGCUUCCGUUCAAGGGAGCUGGGGGACAGCGGCCGGCCUUUCAUGAUGGCCCAACAGCUCAAUGGACACUUGCCGCAGGUGGUUGUCGGUGGAGGAUCGCAAUGUCGAGGGAGUGGUCGAUCUGGUGGUACUGGAAUAGUUCAUUGCUCGGCUACCUCAGGGGACGGCCGAGUGGGUCCGGUGCCACCACCCGACAUCGCUGACGCAGGCUAUCCAGCUGGCUGA